AUGCAAAAUAGAUCGCUUGAGAAGAGUUUGUUAGAAAAUCAAGAUGAAAGGGAUAAACUAAGGGCUAGAGUGGCCAAACUUGAGAAGAUUGUUCAUCAAUACCGAAAUCGUAAUUCAGUGGUGGAACUGCAAGCAAGUUUAAGUAGAAUCGAGCAAAUGAAGAAAACUAUAGAAGAGCUAGAGGUGGCAUUGCAGAACUGUGAAGCCAGGAUUGAGUAUUUGGAGGCAAACAAAGAUUAUCAAAGCGAACAGCUUCACUAUCUCCAGAAUCAGGUCAGAAGCAGGGAUCGUGUUAUGGGACAAGCCUUGGUUCAGAUUCGAGAAGUAGCUGAUCACUUACAAACUCUGGCAGUACAAGCUGACACGUUAAGCGUAAAGUAUGAAUUGGAGUCAGACCAGGGACGGGAGUUAGCCUCGGUUUCACCCCUCCACAUUAGCGAACUCAAGCUGAAUACCCGCGCAAAUCUAUUGUCACCAUCAUGCCUCAUGGUUGAGAAGGAAAGAGUGAAAGAGGAGUUACCGAGACAGUUGGAAGAGAGAUGCAAGUGGCUUGAGGAGAAGUUCAAGGCGAUGGAAGUUACUGAAAGCUAUCGAGGCAUUGACGCAAAAGAGCUGAGUUUAGUGCCAGAUCUUGUUCUCCCUCAUAAGUUUAAGAUGCCUGAAUUCGAGAAGUACAAUGGGACGACUUGCCCAGAGGCUCAUAUCACCAUGUUCUGCAGGCGAAUGGCUGGAUAUAUGAUUGAGAACGCCAUCAGGAGUGGGAAGAUCGAUGCUGGAGAGAGUAACAGAAGAUCAACUUCGAAAAGGAAGGAAAAUGAGGAGAACAACGCGGGCAUGUACAACAAGGGUUACUCGAAGUCAGUAACAGUGAGUCAGCCAGGAAAAGCGGCUGCCAAUCAACAAAGCUCGUCGAGACAGGAGGUCCGUACAAGGCGAAAUACGGAGAGGCCCCAAUUCACGCCAAUUCUCAUGUCGUACAGGGAAUUAUACCGAAACUUAUUCGACGCACAUGUAGGUUCCCCUUUCUAUCUGAAGCCCUUACAGCCCCCGUACCCUAAAUGGUACGACGCAAAUGCACAGUACGACUAUCAUGUGGGAAUCACGGGGCACUCCAUAGAAAACUGUACGACCUUCAAGAAGUUGGUUGAAAGGCUCAUUGGUAUUGGUGUCGUUAAAUUUGAUGAAGCCACCAAGGCAGAGAACCCAUUACCAAAUCACACUGAUGGUGGGGUAAAUAUGAUGGACGAAGACAGGAGAAUUAAGGUAGACAUUGCGGACGUGAAGACUCCUUUGAGAUGGGUCUGGAAAGAGAUGGUGAAAAGGGGGCUAAUUGCUUCAGAAGAAGGCUGUGAGAAGAGGAGGAACUAUUGUGAGUUCCACUGUGAAAUGGGGCAUGAAAUCCAGGAGUGUACGGAGUUCAGAGCCGUGGUACAGGGUAUGAUAGAUAAUAAGGAGAUGGAAUUUUGUGAAGGAAUUCAGAAAGAAAGUCAUGUAUGUACGUCAGAUUUGGCAUUGGGAGUUCCAAAGGUUAACAUCUCACAACCUAAGAAUAGAGAGGCUAGAGCGCGAGUAGCACCAAGGGUUAUCAUUCAAAAACCGACCGUGUUUACUUACAAGGAUAACAGGAGGGUUCCUUGGAAUUACAAUUGUAAUGUGACAAUCCCAAGGAAGGAGGACCAUGAUGAAGGAGGGUAUGACGAACAGAUGAAGGCUCGAGUAGAGCCAAUAAGAGAAGAUACUCCGAUUGGAAAGAAGAAGAAGGCGGUUGAACCUGAAUCGGUGGUCAAUGAACCAAUCAAGGAGGAGGAAGCUAGGGAGUUCUUGAAAUUCAUAAAACAUAGCGAGUAUAGCGUUGUGGAACAGCUGCACAAACAACCAGCUCGCAUAUCUGUGCUAGCUUUACUCCUGAACUCAGAGGGACAUCGGAAUGCACUACUGAAGGUGCUAAAUGAAACUUAUGUGGCCGACGAUAUCUCUAUUAACAAGUUGGAUCGACUGGUCGGUAAUAUAAGCGUUGAUAACUUCAUCUCUUUCAGCGAUGACAAAAUACCACCUGGGGGUAUGGGAUCUACUAGAGCUUUACACAUCACUGCAAGGUGUAAAGGAUGUAUAUUACCGGGGGUUCUGGUAGACAAUGGAUCGGCAUUAAAUGUAUUGCCCCUAUCUACGCUCAACAGGCUACCUAUGAAUAGUUCGCAUAUAAAGUCGUGUCAGAACGUGGUUCGAGCAUUCGAUGGUACUGAGAGGGGGGUCAUAGGAAGAAUUAACAUUCCCCUGCUAAUUGGCCUAACUAUUUAUGAGGUGGACUUCUUAGUUAUGGACAUCAAGCCUUCUUACAGUUGCCUAUUAGGAAGGCCAUGGAUUCAUUCAGCAGGUGCGGUACCGUCAUCGUUACAUCAAAAACUAAAGCUGGUGUCAGAAGGCAGGGUUGUGACGAUAGACGCUGAAGAAGAUAUCAUUGCAUCUGUGACCAACGAUGCGCCUUAUCUAGAAACGAGCGAUGAUGCAAUCGAAUGCUCUUUCUGUUCCUUGGAGUUUGUAAAUGCAACAUUCAUCCAUGAGGGAAACAAGAUCCCGAUGCCGAGAAUAUCCAGGACCACAGAGAUGGGUCUGCAGUUGACUGUUGGAAAGGGAGCUUUGCCGAGAAAAGGAUUGGGGAGAUAUCUUCAAGGCCGAGUUGAGGCUCCAGUGUUGAAAGAAAAGCAGGACCGUUUUGGCUUAGGAUACAAGCCAGAUGCUAGGUAG